CCCCCCCCCCCCACUCGGCCGGCCGGGACGGAGCCAUUUUAAUUCAUAUCUGAGUGGGCGGUGGCGAUUCGUGUUGGCCGUCUGGCUCCGCAGGGCAGGGGGCAACUUUACUGGUUUGGGGUGGUUUUUAGUUUAAUUUUUCUUUUCUAGCUUGGCAUCGCGGGCCAGUUCGUAAUUCUUAUCGGCUGAGGCCAUGUCAGGAGACGGAGCCACGGAGCAGGCAGCUGAGUAUGUCCCAGAGAAGGUGAAGAAAGCCGAAAAGAAAUUAGAAGAGAAUCCUUAUGACCUUGACGCUUGGAGCAUUCUCAUUCGAGAGGCACAGAAUCAACCUAUAGACAAAGCACGGAAGACUUAUGAACGCCUUGUUGCCCAGUUCCCCAGUUCUGGCAGAUUCUGGAAACUGUACAUUGAAGCAGAGAUUAAAGCUAAAAAUUAUGACAAGGUAGAAAAGCUAUUUCAGAGAUGCCUUAUGAAGGUUUUGCACAUUGAUUUAUGGAAGUGUUAUCUUUCGUAUGUCCGAGAAACCAAGGGUAAACUACCAAGUUACAAAGAAAAGAUGGCUCAAGCAUAUGACUUUGCACUGGAUAAAAUUGGAAUGGAAAUUAUGUCUUACCAGAUUUGGGUGGAUUACAUCAACUUCUUAAAAGGCGUGGAAGCUGUUGGAUCUUAUGCAGAAAAUCAGAGAAUAACAGCUGUUCGAAGAGUUUAUCAACGAGGUUGUGUUAAUCCAAUGAUCAAUAUUGAACAAUUGUGGAGAGACUAUAACAAAUAUGAAGAGGGUAUCAAUAUUCAUUUAGCUAAAAAGAUGAUUGAAGAUCGGAGUAGAGAUUACAUGAAUGCUAGGCGGGUAGCAAAGGAAUAUGAGACAGUAAUGAAAGGUUUGGACCGCAAUGCUCCUUCAGUGCCUCCUCAGAAUACUCCUCAAGAAGCUCAGCAGGUGGAUAUGUGGAAGAAGUACAUACAGUGGGAAAAGAGCAACCCUCUUCGUACAGAAGAUCAGACCCUGAUAACUAAAAGAGUUAUGUUUGCUUAUGAACAGUGCCUGCUGGUGCUGGGCCAUCACCCUGAUAUUUGGUAUGAAGCUGCCCAAUAUCUUGAGCAAUCUAGUAAACUGUUAGCAGAGAAGGGGGAUAUGAAUAAUGCGAAAUUAUUUAGUGAUGAAGCUGCUAAUAUAUAUGAAAGAGCCAUAAGCACUUUAUUAAAGAAGAAUAUGCUUCUUUAUUUUGCAUAUGCAGAUUAUGAAGAGAGUCGCAUGAAGUAUGAGAAAGUUCACAGUAUAUAUAAUAGACUUCUGGCAAUUGAGGAUAUUGAUCCCACCUUGGUAUAUAUCCAAUAUAUGAAAUUUGCAAGAAGAGCUGAAGGUAUCAAAUCUGGAAGAAUGAUAUUUAAAAAAGCAAGAGAAGAUACCAGAACCCGCCACCAUGUCUAUGUUACUGCAGCACUCAUGGAAUAUUACUGUAGUAAGGACAAAUCUGUUGCCUUUAAGAUUUUUGAGCUGGGGCUAAAGAAAUAUGGAGACAUUCCAGAGUAUGUCCUGGCCUAUAUUGACUAUCUUUCUCACCUCAAUGAGGACAAUAAUACUCGAGUUUUGUUUGAACGAGUUUUAACAUCUGGAAGUCUUCCUCCUGAGAAAUCUGGAGAAAUCUGGGCCCGAUUUCUAGCUUUUGAAAGUAAUAUUGGUGAUCUAGCUAGUAUACUCAAAGUGGAGAAAAGACGGUUUACAGCAUUCAAAGAAGAGUAUGAAGGCAAAGAAACAGCUUUACUGGUAGACAGAUACAAGUUCAUGGAUUUAUAUCCUUGCUCUGCAAGUGAACUAAAAGCACUUGGGUAUAAGGAUGUCUCCCGUGCUAAGCUAGCAGCUAUAAUUCCAGACCCAGUUGUAGCUCCUUCUAUAGUGCCUGUUCUGAAAGAUGAAGUGGAUAGAAAACCAGAAUACCCUAAGCCAGACACUCAGCAGAUGAUUCCAUUUCAGCCACGACAUUUAGCACCUCCGGGCUUACACCCUGUCCCUGGUGGAGUGUUCCCAGUACCACCUGCAGCAGUGGUUUUAAUGAAACUUCUCCCUCCUCCUAUUUGUUUCCAGGGCCCUUUUGUACAAGUGGAUGAACUGAUGGAAAUUUUCCGAAGAUGCAAGAUACCAAAUACAGUUGAAGAAGCUGUGAGGAUCAUUACUGGAGGAGCCCCGGAGCUGGCCGUAGAAGGCAAUGGCCCAGUGGAAAGUAAUGCAGUGCUCACAAAGGCCGUCAAAAGGCCCAACGAGGAUUCUGAUGAAGAUGAGGAAAAGGGAGCUGUGGUCCCCCCUGUUCAUGACAUCUACAGAGCAAGGCAGCAGAAGCGGAUUCGGUGAAGCAGGUGUAGCGCCUGCCUCAGAGGAAAACUCAUCCUUUUGCCUCUCAGUCAUAUGUUUAAAAGAGACAAUGCUUUGUUACAAGGUUCUUGGAAACAAAGUUGUAUUGUCGUUGGUGCCUCUAUCACAUGGUUCUGGAGAACAACCAACCAACCUACGUGAAUUUUAGGAUUUGGAACAGACCUAUGCUCUGAGCAGAAUUAGGUUUUCAAAAGUGUGAGAACAGUACUAAGUGGCAGAACCACAUUUUGUUCCCGCUUCAAGGGUGUCUUGUACGUACCACUUGAAGACUUGUGGGUUUUCAACAGUUUUAUUUUAAAAACUGGAUGGCUUAUGAUUGUAAAGCAUUUUAUCACAUUUUCUGAAAACAGCUGUUUUUGGUUUGCUUAUGUAGAGUCCUGCCUUAUUGUUCGUUUUAUUUAUGGCAGAAUGUAUGGAAUCGGUUUUGUAGGUUAACAUUUUAAAACAAUCCUUUAAAAAAUAAAAGGAUCUCAAAAAAAAGUCACGUCUCCUGCUGCUGCUUUCAUUCACAUUUGAAAUAGCAGCUUAUGUUAUUUAGCCAAUACAGUUUAAAAAUAAAUGUCAACAAUACAAAGAAAAAUCAUCUUGUAUUUACCAUAUAUACAACUAUUGUCCUUUCCUGGUCUUUUUUGCUACUAUUUGAAAACAUAAGCGAUCCAUUUUUAAGAGGUAAACUAAACAUUUUAGAAGUCCUCAAAUAUGAAUGCAUUUUCCCCAAAUUAAAUCUGAGGGAGACUGAGAUAUUUUAUCUUUCAUCUCUCUCAAAAGCGACUUAAGUGUGGGUAUUCCUUUAAUCACUCACUGUCUUGCAUUCACAUGUAUUUCAAUGUUCAAGACCGUUUUUUUUCGAGCACUAAACAAAGAUAGCAUUAAGGAAAAACUAUGAUUGGCUGCACUGGCCCUCUGCGAUGGUCCACACUCAGUUUGUGGAGUGUGUUUCACUCUGAAUAAAUCCACUUCUUACCUAUCAAAAAAAAUAAAGAAAACUGUGGCCAAGGAACCAA